GCCUUUUUGAAUGAGGCUAGUGCGUUCAAUAUUAUACCGUACUUAUGUCAUUGUAUACACGGAGUCCCCGAUCGAAGAGCAAGAGAGCUGUGUAAGAAAAUGAGUAUAAAGGGGUUCAACAUGUUGACGACUGUGGAAUCAUCUGUCGCCGUUAUACCUUAUCCUACAGGCCCUAACACAGUAUCGGUGGCUGCGUAGCAAAGCAUUCAUCAUGGCGAACGUCAAAUCAACCAUGGUGCCUGAUUUCGAGGUGAAAUUUCUCCUUGAUGCCACCCAGGUUCUCGGCCCAGCAUCAUCCAAGCCCAACGAAAUCCUCCGUGCAGCCUUCAAACUCCCCGAGAAACCCAUCAGAAUGGAUGUUCAUUUUUUGGACACACCCUCCAGAGAGAUCUACAACGCGGGAUGGUCUCCUCGCAUUCGCAAGAUCGAAGGCGAGUCAGGCUAUGAACUGACUUACAAAAAGCGAUACCCAAUCAUCGAUCACCAAGCCGACGGGGCUAUCGAUACUGGCGAUCUUCUCACAGCUCUCACUGUAGCCAGAGACGACGGUUUCGAUACUACUGAGACCAAGUACGAUGCACAAGUGGAGUGGGGAUUUCAGAAGCAGACCCUGAGUAUCAGCCGCAAGAAGAAGGUCAAGAAGGAAACAGUGGGGAAGAAGGAGAUGGGGCUACCUGGUGAAGAAGAGUCUAGAAAGUUGCUUGGAGACGAGAUCCCCGGCAAGUUUGACGACUGGUCAUUCGAGAAAUGGGGAACAAGCCUCCUUUCUCAAGCCGUUAUUUACGGUCCGAUCUCAGCGGAGCGGUAUGAAGGCAGGUGGGAAGGAAUCGAAGUUGAUGUCGAAAUCUGGCCUAUUCGCAACAAGGACACUGAUACAGGCACCGAGAACAUUGUCGAAAUCUCCUUCAAGAGUGAUAAUGGGAAUCAUGCCGGAGGCAUACAGAAGGUUCUUGGUGAAUACUUGACGGAAAAGAGAUGGCUUGUUCCGAGUGACUCGCUCAAGACACAGCUGAUCAUGGACAGGUAUGGGCCUCAGGAACUUGAUGGGGAUGAGGGAGUCACUGGCAACUACACCGAUAUGGCAUAAGUUUUUGA